UUAUUAUAUUGUUCAAGUAGAGAUGGAUUUGAUGCUGCAUCAUUUCAUAGAAAUUGUGACAAUAAAGGAGCUACUAUUUGGAUAGCAAAAAUUCAAGGUACAACAAAAUUAAUUGGAGGUUAUAAUCCAAUUGAUUGGAGUGGAGAUGGUUGGAGAAGCACUACAGAUAGUUUUUUAUUUAAUAUUACAGAUGAAAAAAAUGUUUCUACUGCAAAAUUAGGUUAUGUUAAUAAUAACAAUGCAAAUUAUGCUAUUUAUUGCAUGAGCGAUCGAGGACCACACAUGGGUAAUUUCUAUUGUAAAGGUAACGACAAUUGGACAUUUUAUCGUUCGGGUAUUAAUGAUGCUAAUUUUGCUUAUCCUAAAGUAGGAAUUCCAGAAAGUUUUAAGGUGGAAAAAUAUGAAGUAUUUCAAGUAAUUAAAAAAUAA